UCUCCGCUGCAGGUUUCAUCCCCGACUUGGUCUGAGUGUCAUCAUGGCCGUCUAUUUUGACCACCGGGUAGAAGCCCCGGACUCAGUCGGGUCUCCUUCCCACAUCCAUUGGCACCCUAUUCAUCCGUUCCUGGCAGUCGCCUCCGCCAGCACGACCUCAGGCGGCAGCGUGGACGUGUACCUGGAACAGGGGGAGCAUGUGCCCGACACACAUCUCCAGAGGUCCUUCCGGGUCAUUUCCUUGUGCUGGCACCCGACGCGGCUGAUGCUGGCCGUGGGCUGGGAGACCGGAGAAGUGACCGUGUUUAACAAGCAGGACAAGGAGCAGCACGCGGUGCCCCCGACACACACCGCUGACAUCACCGUCCUCCAGUGGAGCCCCAGCGGGAGCUGCCUCGUGUCGGGGGACGGGCUUGGUGUCCUGCUCCUGUGGAGGCUGGACCAGAGGGGUCGGGUCCAAGGGCCGCCUCUGCUGAAGCACGAUUACGGAAAAGCCCUGACUCACUGCAUCUUCCGGCUCCCCCCGCCCGGCGAGGACCUCGUCCAGCUGGCGAAGGCGGCCGUGAGCGGCGAUGAGCGAGCCCUGGACAUGUUCAACUGGAGGAAAAGCGGCUUCGGGAGUCUCCAGAAAAUGGGGUCUCAGGAGGGACUGUCAUUCUUCGUCAGCCUGAUGGAUGGGAUGGUGCACUACGUGGACGAGAAGGGCACGACCACCCCAGUGGCGUCCACGGGCAGCCCGGUGCAGACGCUCUUCUACCUGGAGAGAAGGGAGGCCCUGGGGGUGGUCACACAGAGCCGGCUGCUGUCCCUGUACGUGCUGAGGCCGGAGGGUCAAGCGGAGGAAGUGAUGAAGGUGAAGUUGAGCGGGAAGAAGGGUCACCGGGCGGACGUCGUGUUGAUUGAAGGCAGCGUGCUCGUGACCGCCGCAGGGGACCCCGUCCUCAGAUUCUGGGACUUGGAGGGAGGAGAGAAUUACGUGCUGAGUCCAGAGGAGAAGUCUGGUUUCGAGAAAGGAGAGAAUAUAAACUGUGUUUCUUACUGUAAAGUCAAAGGCCUCCUGGCAGCGGGCACCGAUAAGGGGCGCGUCGCCAUGUGGAGAAAAGUGCCGGCCCCCCAGCGCGGCCGAGCGGCCGAGGGCAAGGACCGGUGGGCCCUGCAGACCCCUACCGAGCUCGACGGCAACAUCACCCAGAUGCAGUGGGGCUCGCGGAAGAGCCUGCUGGCCGUCAGCUGCGUCCACGCCGUGGUGAUCCUCCGCGAGCAGGCCAUGUCCUCACACUUCCACCAGCAAGUGGCCGUGCUGCAGAUCUCCCCCAGCCUGCUCAGCGUGUCCUUCCUGUCCACGGGCGCGACGCACACCCUGCGCACCGACAUGCACGUCAGCGGGGUGUUCGCCACCAAGGAUGCCGUUGCCGUCUGGAACGGAAAGCAGGUGGUGAUCUUUGAACCUUCGGGAGCCACGUUACGGAAUGCAGGAACCUUCCUGUGUGAGUCUCCGGUGUUAGCCAUGCAUGAGGAGAACGUUUACACCGUGGAGCCAAACCGAGUUCAAGUUCGAACCUGGCAGGGGACAGUGAAACAGCUCUUACUGUUCUCCGAGGCGGAGGGGAGCCCGUGCUCCCUUGACAUCGGUGGAAACUUCCUGGUUGUGGGGACAGACCUGGCUCGCUUUAAAAGCUUCGAUCUUUCCCGAAGAGAGGCCAGAGUGCACUGCGGCGACCGGAAGCUGGCGGCGCUGGUCCCGGGCGCAGAGGGCAUUGACUCGCUCCGGUGCAACGCCAGCGGCAGCAAGAUCAGCAUCCUCCUCAGCAAGACUCUACCCCCACCCCGCACACGUGCGCCCAUGGGACGCGGGGUCCACGCCGGGCCUGGUGGGCGUCCUCCCCCGACCUCGGGGGCUGAAGCCGCACACGCCUUCGAUGAGGCCGCCCUGGGGCUCCCUGACCAGCUCUCGCACCCGAGUGUGGCCCCGGCAGGCGGCCUGAGCUGUGCCUUCGUGGAGGACAGACUGAGAGACCUCGUUCCCGUGAGCCACUUCUGGGACCAGAGUGAUCCCAGGCUGUUUGUGUGCGAGGCCGUGCAGGAGGCGCCGGGGGCCCCACUGCCGCCCAGGGACAGGAAGCCCGCCGCCGAGGACAGCCCGGGCCCCACGGCGGACGUGCUGGUUCUGUCCUUCUUCGUCACCGAGGAGCACGGCGUCCUCCUCCAGGACUGCUUCCCCCGGCCUCCCGCCUACCAGACCCUUCUGGGGAUCCACGUGCCCUACUAUUACUUCACGAACAAGCCAGGAGAAGCCAGCGGGGAGGAGCAGGGGGACCCGGAGUGCCACUGCGGCCCCCGCGUGGUGGGCAAGAGGCCCCUGCGGGACUUCGUCGGGCUGGAGGCCUGUGACAAGCCCACUCAGGAUGCCAUGCUUAACUUCAGCUUCUUUGUUGCGGCUGGAGACAUGGACGAAGCUUUCAAAUCCAUCAAGCUCAUCAAAAGCGAGGCGGUCUGGGAGAACAUGGCCCGCAUGUGCGUGAAGACCCAGAGGCUGGACGUCGCCAAGGUGUGCCUGGGGAACAUGGGCCACGCGCGCGGAGCCCGAGCGCUGCGCCAGGCCGAGCAGGAGCCGGAGCUGGAGGCCCGGGUGGCCAUGCUGGCCAUACAGCUGGGCAUGCUGGACGAGGCCGAGCAGCUGUACAGGAAGUGUGGCCGCUAUGACCUCCUCAACAAGCUGCACCAGGCGUCCGGCCAGUGGCAGAAGGCCGUGGGGGCGGCGGAGCUGCGGGACCGUGUGCACCUGCGCACCACCCACUACAACUACGCCAGGCACCUGGAGGCCAGCGGCGACCACGCCCUGGCCCUUACCCACUAUGAGAAGUCGGACACCCACCGCUUCGAGGUGCCCAGGAUGCUCUCGGAGGACCCGCAGUCCCUGGAGCUCUAUGUCAACAAGAUGAAGGACAAGACCCUGUGGCGGUGGUGGGCCCAGUACCUGGAGAGCCAGGCGGAGAUGGACGCCGCACUGCGCUACUACGAGCUGGCGCAGGACUGCUUCUCCCUGGUUCGCAUCCACUGCUUCCAGGGCGACGUCCAGAAGGCUGCGGAGAUAGCCAACGAGAGCGGGAACUGGGCCGCGUCCUACCACCUGGCCCGGCAGUACGAGAGCCAGGACGAGGUGCGGCAGGCGGUGCACUUCUACACGCGUGCGCAGGCCUUCAACAACGCCAUCCGCCUGUGCAAGGAGAACGGGCUGGACGACCAGCUCAUGAACCUGGCCCUGCUGAGCUCCCCUGAGGACAUGACGGAGGCGGCCCUCUACUAUGAGGACCAGGGCGAGCACGUGGACAGGGCCGUCCUGCUCUACCACAAGGCCGGCCACUUCUCCAAGGCUCUGGAACUGGCCUUCGCCAGCCAGCAGUUCGCAGCCCUGCAGCUCAUCGCGGAGGACCUGGACGAGAGGUCGGACCCCGCCCUCCUGGCCCGCUGCUCAGACUUCUUCCUGGAGCACAAUCAGUACGAGAAGGCGGUGGAGCUGCUCCUGGCCGCCAAGAAGCACCGCGAGGCCCUGCAGCUCUGCCUGGAGCAGAACAUGCGCAUCACCGAGGAGAUGGCCGAGAAGAUGACGGUGCCCAAGGGCUCCAAGGAGCUGUCCGAGGAGACCCGGCGCCAGCUGCUGGAGGAGGUCGCGGACUGCUGCAUGCGCCAGGGCAGCUACCACCUGGCCACCAAGAAGUACACGCAGGCGGGCAACAAGCUGAAGGCCAUGAGAGCGCUGCUGAAGUCGGGGGACACGGAGAAAAUCGUGUUCUUUGCGGGCGUCUCGAGACAAAAGGAAAUCUACAUCAUGGCUGCCAACUACCUGCAGUCCCUGGACUGGCGGAAGGAGCCGGAGAUCAUGAAGAACAUCAUCAGCUUCUACACCAAGGGGCGCGCCCUGGACCUCCUGGCGGGCUUUUACGACGCCUGUGCCCAGGUGGAGAUCGAUGAAUACCAAAACUACGAGAAAGCCCACGGGGCGCUGACCGAGGCCUACAAGUGCCUGGCCAAGGCCAAGGCCAAGAGCCCCCUGGACCAUGAGACCAAGCUGGCUCAGCUGCAGAGCAAGAUGACACUGGUGAAGCGGCUCAUCCAGGCCCGAAGGACGUACGCGGAGGACCCCCAGGAGGCGGUGCGCCAGUGCGAGCUGCUCCUGCGGGAGCCGGAGCUGGACGGCAGCGUCCGCGUCGGGGACGUCUGCGGCUUCCUGGUGCAGCACCACCUGCGGACCGGGCAGCUCCAGACGGCAUACCAGUAUCUGGAGGAGAUGCGGAAGAGGGUGCCCGCCGCCAGCAUGUCCCACUACGUGAGCCAGCAGACCGUGGACGCCGUGCACCAGGGCCUGGGCCUCCCGGUGCCGCACAGCAUGCCCGAGCACAGGGGGGCGGACGACGUGCUGGAGGAGGUGGAGGGCGAGCCAUGACCGUGGCUGCCACGCCCCCGGAGCUCCCCAGGUUCGCAGCAAGAGCCUGACUUUCUCGUGCAAAUGAAAGCUGUGUCUGACGCCCCAGGGUGCUGGCUGUCACGCCCACAAGGGGCCCGAGGUCCCUGGUCCCUUUCCUCCAGGCUGGUCUCCCCAAGGCAGUCUGUAAAGCCUGAAAGCCUUGCUGACCUCCAUGAA